CUUCUUUCUUCUCUCCUCUCUCUCGAAUAUACACACAAAGUUCCAAAGUUUCUCUUUUGAUUUUGAUUAAUUGCUCCGUUGUUUCACUCAAUUUCUUAAGCACUUUUCAUGUUUCCUCAUCUGGGUUUAUGACAAGUUUAAGUCUUGCGCAUAGUUUUCCAAUAAAGGUCUAACCUUUAAUAUACAUAAAGCCAAUUUGGGUUCUUGAGACUUUGGUUGGUUUAGUUUCAUUGAUGAUUAUGCACUUUAAGUGUAGGUUGGUAAGUAGAGAGGUUGAAGAUGGAAGGGAAAAGAUUGGACCUUAGAUUUCAUCACUCUGUAUCAUUACAAUCUGUGGAGUCUGCAUUGGAUUUGGAUGAAAACGGUUACAAUCAUUUAAAAAUGGCUUCUUCAUCGCCGCUUCAACCGUUUCCAUCUGGCGGUCAGCAUCCUGAAACCAGUGCUGCUGCUGCUUACUUCUCUUGGCCUACUUCAAGUCGGUUGAACGAUUCAGCGGAAGACAGAGCAAACUAUUUUGCAAAUCUUCAGAAAGGGGUUUUGCCUGAGACUUUUGAUGGUUUACCUACAGGGAAAAAAGCUACUACAUUGCUUGAGUUGAUGAUGAUUAGAGCGUUUCAUAGUAAGAAUUUAAGGAGGUUUAGCCUCGGUACAGCUAUUGGAUUUCGGAUUCGACGAGGUGUUUUGUCAAAUAUUGCAGCUAUUCUUGUCUUUGUUGCUCGGAAAGGUCACAAACAAUGGCUUAACCCUCUUCAGUGUUUACCUACAGCCUUGGAGGGUCCUGGAGGAGUUUGGUGUGAUGUAGAUGUUGUUGAGUUUCAAUAUUAUGGUGCACCUGCGCAAACGCCCAAGGAGCAGGUGUAUACAGAGCUUGUUGAUGAUCUGAGAGGCAGUGGUUCGUCUAUUGGAUCUGGUUCACAGGUGGCUAGUCAAGAGACAUAUGGAACCUUAGGUGCAAUUGUAAAGAGUAAAACCGGUAUCAGACAGGUUGGUUUCCUAACGAACCGGCACGUUGCAGUUGAUUUAGACUACCCAAGCCAGAAGAUGUUUCAUCCAUUGCCACCUAGUCUCGGUCCCGGAGUCUACUUAGGUGCAGUGGAAAGAGCAACUUCAUUCAUUACUGAUGACCUUUGGUAUGGCAUUUUCGCUGGAACUAACCCAGAAACAUUUGUUCGAGCUGAUGGAGCCUUCAUUCCAUUUGCCGAAGACUUCAAUAUGAACAAUGUAACCACAACUGUCAAAGGGAUUGGUGAGAUUGGUGAUAUCCAUGCUACUGAUCUACAGUCUCCAAUUAACAGUCUAAUAGGAAGAAAAGUUAUCAAAGUUGGAAGAAGCUCUGGUUUGACCACUGGGACUAUAAUGGCUUACGCAUUGGAGUACAAUGACGAGAAAGGGAUUUGUUUCCUAACCGAUUUUCUUGUUGUUGGUGAAAACCAGCAGACUUUUGAUCUUGAGGGUGAUAGUGGAAGCCUGAUUCUGUUGGCUGCGGGCGAAGAGAAGAAUGAGAAACCACGACCUGUUGGAAUUAUUUGGGGAGGAACAGCAAACAGGGGACGGUUGAAGCUAAAAGUUGGGGAACAACCUGAGAAUUGGACAAGUGGAGUUGAUCUUGGUAGAGUUCUUAAUCUUCUUGAGCUUGAGAUCAUUACUUCCAAUGAGGGUCUUCAAGCCGCGGUGCUGGAGCAGAGAAACGGUAUUAUGUGUGCUGCAAAUGAUUCCACCAUCGUGGAAUCAUCUCCUGGUGUGUGCAAUAUUUCCAGGUGUAAAACGGGUGAGAACUUUGAGCCUAUUAAUCUGAAUGUCCAGCAAGUUCUUAGAGAAGAAGAGAACUCAAACAUUCAUCCAGAGUUCCAAAUAGAAGACGUGCUAGAAUCAGCACCCGUGAUCGAAGAACACCAGUUCAUUCCAAGUUCAAGCAACAACGGAUCCCCACUCCGUCAGAAAAGUAAUGGACCAGAGAAUCUCGAAUCCAAAAACCUUUCUUCGCUUAAGACUAGUAGCUCGGGUGAUGAGAUUGGCUUUUCUUUGCAGUUAGGUGAGUCAGAUGCAAAGAAAAGAAAGCGAACUGAUUCAACGGAUGGUUCUCAAGAACCAUGAAGAGUGAAUGUUAUGCUUCAUAACAUACAAAAGGAUUCUAGAGUAACAUCAUUAUUCUUUUCCACUGCAUUUUUCUACAGAGGAAAGAUAUUCAGGAUAGCAUAUUUGUAAGGGCUAUAGUCAAAAGUUAUGAGCGUAUUGUGUUGGUGGAUUAUGAACACCUAUAAUUUUGUUGUACCUCGAGAACACCUUGGAGCAUAAACAAUGGCAAUGUAGCCUCCCAGAAGUUAUAGUUAUAAAAUGUAAGUAGAAGAAGCCUUAUGGAUUAAUUGGUUUAAAUGCAAGUAGAUGUUCUGAUA